UGUGCGCCAUUUUGGAAGAAAAAAAAAUCACGGAUAAUUUCCGUGGUCUUGACAGAUCUGGACCCGAGUCUUCACACUGAUUGUGGAUGCUAUCUAUCUCCCCGAGCGCGCCGCACUGGUUGAUAAGGCAUUGGAAGCUGUGUACAACAAGAGCUGCUAAAUGAAGCAAUGGCGGGAGUUGCAGGAGGAAAUGAUUUUCAGUGGUGUUUCUCUCAAGUAAAAGGAGCGAUAGAUGAAGAUGUUGCGGAAGCUGACAUAAUCUCAACAGUUGAGUUCAACUAUUCUGGAGAGCUACUGGCAACUGGAGACAAGGGAGGCAGAGUAGUGAUAUUUCAGCAUGAACAAGAGUCUAAGAAUCGUCCACACCUGCGUGGGGAGUACAACGUCUAUAGCACUUUUCAGAGUCACGAGCCAGAAUUUGAUUAUUUGAAAAGUUUAGAAAUCGAGGAAAAAAUUAAUAAAAUAAGAUGGCUACCACAACAAAAUGCUGCUCACUUUCUACUUUCAACAAAUGAUAAAACUAUCAAAUUGUGGAAAAUUAGUGAAAGAGAUAAACGAGCAGAAGGUUACAAUCUGAAGGAUGAAGACGGACGACUCAGAGACCCCUUUAGAAUCACCUCUUUACGGGUACCAGUACUGAUGCCAAUGGAUCUCAUGGUAGAAGCAAGCCCACGGAGGAUCUUUGCAAAUGCGCACACCUAUCACAUUAAUUCCAUUUCUGUAAAUAGUGAUCAUGAAACUUACCUCUCUGCAGAUGACCUAAGAAUAAAUCUAUGGCACUUGGAAAUCACAGACAGAAGUUUUAAUAUUGUAGACAUCAAGCCCGCCAACAUGGAGGAACUGACAGAAGUAAUCACAGCUGCUGAGUGCCAUCCACAUCAAUGCAAUGUAUUUGUGUACAGCAGUAGCAAAGGAACCAUCCGCCUGUGUGACAUGCGAGCGGCAGCGCUCUGUGAUAGGCACUCAAAGUUCUUUGAGGAACCAGAGGAUCCCAGCAGCCGAUCCUUUUUCUCUGAGAUCAUCUCCUCCAUCUCAGACGUGAAGUUCAGUCACAGCGGACGCUAUAUGAUGACACGUGACUACCUCUCCGUCAAAGUUUGGGACCUCAACAUGGAGAACAGGCCAGUGGAGACGUAUCAGGUCCAUGAAUAUCUUCGCAGUAAGCUUUGCUCUUUGUAUGAAAACGACUGCAUCUUUGACAAGUUUGAGUGCUGCUGGAAUGGCAGUGACAGUGCCAUCAUGACAGGCUCCUACAACAACUUCUUUCGAAUGUUUGACCGGAACACCAGGCGGGACAUCACACUGGAGGCAUCCCGAGAGAGCAGCAAACCACGGGCCACGCUUAAACCACGUAAAGUGUCCACCGGUGGAAAGAGGAAGAAGGACGAGAUCAGCGUGGACAGCCUGGACUUCAACAAGAAGAUCCUCCACACUGCCUGGCACCCCAAAGAUAACGUGAUAGCUGUGGCAGCCACCAACAACUUGUACAUUUUCCAGGACAAAAUCAACUAGAAGAUUUGGGGCUCCAGAGGAUAGGGCUUUUACCGUACCUGUGUAGUUAAGCCUACUACUUGUCUAUCUGUAUAAGAAGAAACAGCCUUGUUGUCCUCCUGGUGAAGAAUUUGAAAGCACGUGUCUACUUUUUUUGCCACAGGAGGUUGAUCCAUAGGCCUGUUUUAUUUUGAGUCUGAGCUUAGGUUGUUUUUGCCUUUGGCACCAGGGCAAUCGACAUGCCCCCCUGACCCAGAAAACCCAGUUCGGGUCUAAUUGACAGAACGGCACUCCCUAGAGGUCAAACUCUUGAACGUUGGUGUUUGUGUUGACAUUUUAAGCCUUCAUUUCACAAUUUAACGACAGAACUCUUGGAAGUACUUAAAAAUGACGUCUUGUCAAGGUUGUAUCAUCAAUUCAAAGUUUUUGGGCCCUCUGAAGCACGGAUUAAUGGCCAGUAAGCCUAACUGUAACAUUCCCCCAUUGGUCAUGUAUUCAGGCCACACAACUGGUGGAAAAGGCCAUGAAUUUGGAAAAGCGGACAUGUUUCUCCCCCCGAACCCCACCCCCACCCCCACCUCUUAUUUUACCCCAGUCAAUACGGUGACAUAAUUUCACUGACUGUAUCUACUCAAGUACACCUUGUCAUCCACAUAAUAAAAGAAACUAAAUCUACAGACGUGUUUUUAAAUUUAGAAGUAUGUAUUAAAACAUGUUUAUUGCUUUGCAUGUUUUUAUGUUGUAGAGAGGUGGAAAAAUCUCCAGUCACACCACUGUCUAUUGAGCAGAUCUCAAGAAAACCUUGUUAAGGAAAUACCAUUCGGGGCUACCAGUUUGAGAACCACUGUUGGAGACAACCUAUAACGUGUUUGUGUCAAGAGAUUCAAGUUCUAGUUUUU